CCGUCUUCAAGUCCAUUUUUAAAACCCUAAACUUCGCCGCACACGUGUCUAAAUCACAUUUGACACGGGCGAGUUGUGCUUUGGUCAUGUUUAAGCGGCUAGGUGCGGUAAAAUAUAAGUUUACGGAUAGCAUUUAGCAGCAGCUAGCGUUAGCACAUGAGGCAAAGUGGAGAUCACCGGUUUGGCUGCUGUUGAGGUGUGAAGAUGGAGGCAGUCGCGGCGCUGCUCCUGCCCCUGCUCCUGAGCGCUCUCCCUGGGCACGGUCGAGCUCAGGCCGGGUCCUCGCUCCUGGAUCUGACCCACGGCAUCGGCGGCCUCCUGCCCCGCCUCAGCCGACCGGCCAACCACAGCCGUAUCCACUACGCCGUGAUGUUUGACGCCGGGAGCACAGGCACGAGGAUACACGUGUACACCUUUAUACAGAGCGACACGGAUAAACUGCCUAUUUUGGACAAUGAGAUGUUUCAGUCGAUAAAGCCUGGUCUGUCUGCGUAUGUCAACUCUCCUGAAAUGGCCGGACACACGGUGAGGAUGCUGCUCAAAGUGGCCAAACAAACAGUGCCUCGUGUGGAGUGGAAGAGAACUCCAGUGAUCCUCAGAGCCACGGCCGGACUGAGACUGCUGCCCAAACAGAGAGCGCACGCACUUUUAGACCAGGUUCAACAUGUGUUUGACGAGUCUCCGUUCUUGGUGCCAGACGACAGCGUCAGCAUCAUGGACGGUACAAAUGAAGGAGUCCUGGCGUGGAUAACGAUGAACUUCUUAACAGGUCACUUGUCUCCACAAAGUCAGAAGACAGUGGGAAUCUUGGAUCUGGGAGGGGGGUCUACGCAAAUCACUUUUCUGCCAAAACUCAGGAAAACCAUUGAAAGUGUUCCAAGUGCAGAUUACGUCGCCAGAUUUGACGUCUUCAAUUCAUCAUUUGAGCUAUACACAUACAGUUACCUUGGAAACGGCCUGAUGGCGGCGAGGCUGGGAGCGCUGGGAGCUUUGGGGGCAAAAGGGUUGGAGUGGCAGGUCUUUAAAAGUUCCUGUUUGCCAAAAAAGUUCAGAGACGAGUGGAGCUUUGGUGGCCUGACCUAUCAAGUGAGCGGAGAUCCAGAGGGCCUGUCCGGGUACAAGCCGUGUUACCUGGAGGUGCAGAAGGUGGUGCAGGGAGUCAUACACCAGCCCCACGAGCUCCAGGACACCUCCGCCUUCUACGCCUUCUCCUAUUACUUUGACCGAGCGGUGGACGCCGGCCUCAUCGACGGAGAGCGAGGAGGAAGACUGGAGGUCCGAGACUUCAAGAGAAGAGCCAAAGAGAUCUGUAAUAAGUUGACCUCGUCCCCUCCAUCCGGCCCAUUCCUCUGUCUGGACCUGACCUACAUCACUGCUCUGCUCAAAGACGGCUUCGGCUUCAAGGAGACCACAGUCCUGCAGUUGACCAAGAAAGUGAGAAACGUGGAGGCGAGCUGGGCUUUGGGCGCCAUUUUGGAUCAUCUCCACAACAUGAAGAUCCACCGAGGAGACGAGACCUUCCCAAACCCUGUGACCUGUGACCUCUGAGGCUCAGCAGUAACAACUUAUGUAAUGUGCUCCACUUAUGCACUAGGGGGCGAUAGUCAGUAGAUCUGUGGUUCUCAAACUGUGGUUCACGGACUCCUGCUGUUUUUCUAUUUAUUUACAAUUCAAUAUUAUAGUCUGGUUUAUAUCUGGCGAUACUCCGAGGGUCAAAUCACUUCUUCUGUUCUACUUGAUGUGAAAAGUUUGAGAACCGCUGGACUAUACAUAUAUAUUUUUGUAUUUAAUUAAACAUUAGUGACGCUAUUUUUCUGCUGCUAAAACGUCCCUGUAAAUGUCUCUGUUAAAGUUCAGUUAUCGCACAAAACGUAAACGGACUUUAAAACUAACCAUGAAAGUGCAGAAUGAAACGUCCCUUUAUAGAGCUGGUACGUGAUGAUGUCACUUCCGGGUCCGACCAGAAACUCCACAGCGGAUUUCGAGCUUUGUUUUUAGGAUCUUAUUCAUCUUUUAAAAGUGUUUAACCACAAACUGUGUCAAAAACGUAGUAAUAAGAUAGCAUAACAAAGGAUUAGCAGUGUGUAUAUGUCACUGCUAACGCUAACUUAGCCUAGCACAGUUAUUGACCUUGUUCGGCCCCGCCCACUUUUGCCGUAAACGCUCCUAAACUGCUCUUCUAUUGAAAUGAUUGGGGUUCCCACUAGAAUUUGGGAAAAGUUUUGCCGCUAAAAUGUGACAUAAAGUAGAUUAAUGUUCAACGACAACUCAAUUUUUACGGUCAAGAUCGGCCCCACGCAAAAUAAUCCAACAUGACGACGAUAGUGGCGUCCACGGCAACGUCCAGAACAAGGUGAAUACGUGUAGAUCCGUUUAUGAUCUUGUUAGCUGAAAAUGACUGCAGUCUCUUUAUAAAGUGAACCGUGUUGUCGCUAAAAAACACAAAAUAAAUCGUAAACAUGUUCAUUGUUUUGAUGGACAGGAAGUGACAUCACACUUAACAGCUCUAUGCCCUUAUUUGGAAAACUGCGCUGUGUAGGUUUAUGUUCUCAACUCUUUCAAUUUACUUUUUUUUUCUUUUUUUUUCUCUUAAUCAUUUUAAACUUCUCUUACUAAGACUAUGCAACAUCCACCUCCAUGUUAUUUAUUCUCAGACACUUGUUAAAUAUAUUGGUGAUUUAGGGACUGUGGGUUUUUCUGGUGCUGUUGUGCAAAACCGUCGUCUGGUUUGUUUCAUUUUUACUGAAAACAGGAAAAUCUACAUUGGUUCACAUGACUUGAAUUCAGAAAACAAGAUGAUAAUGUGUUCGGUUUUUUUUAGUAGUUUGGACUGCGUGAAAUGCCAUGAAAUUUUACCCAU